AAUAAUAAAUUAAAUAAAUGGAUUUUAAUUUGUGAAAUAAUUAAUAAUAUAAAUAAAUAAAUAAUUGAUCAAUAUGUUAAACAACAAUGAGUUUGAAGAUCCUGCAUCAGUACCAAAUAUGUAUCCAUCUUUACCACAAAUAUUGGAACCAGACUGGGAAUACUCAAUGAGACGAUCAAUGCAGGAAAUUAUUCCUGGAUUGUAUCUUGGUCCUUACAAUGCAGCAUCCAAAACAAAUCUUAAAGAACUUUUGGAUAUUGGUGUAACACAUAUUGUCUGUGUUCGUGGACAAAUUGAAGCUCAUUUUAUACGUCCAAAUUUUCCUGAUAAAUUCAAAUAUUUGGUGUUAAAUAUUACUGACACAACAGGUGAAAAUAUUAUUCAACAUUUUGGUGUUGUUAAAACAUUUGUUGAUGAAGCUUUGAAUAAUAAAGGUCGUGUUUUAGUUCAUGGCAAUGCUGGUAUAUCAAGAUGUACAACUUUAGUUGUGGCAUAUCUCAUGGAGACUUAUGGUCUUGAUCAUACACAAGCAUUUGGACUAGUUCGAAAGAGAAGAUUUUGCGUCAGUCCAAGUGACAGAUUCAUGUCACAAUUAAAAGAAUUCGAGCCAAUUUAUCGUGCUAGAAAAAGUAGAGAAAUUAGCAAUUCUAAUUCAAAUAAUUCUAAAAAAAGAUCACUUCAAGAUAUGGAUCUUGAAUGUGAGUUUGUAGAUUUAUUUAUUUAAUUUUCAUUCAAUUAUUAAAUUAUAAAAACACCUUUGUAUAUAUAUAAAAUAUCAUCAAAGACAAAAAUAUGAUAAUUGUCUUUUUUAUUUAUUUAUUAUUUAAAUUAGACACAAUGGAAUGAUUCUGUACCUUUCUAUUCAUUUGGAAUAGUUAAAAGAUAUUUCACAAUGAUUAAAAAAAUUAAAUAAAAAGAAGUUUGUGUUGCUGGUUAACCAGAAUUACAAGAUAAAACAAAAAUAACUUAAAAAUUUACUGGUAAAUAUUUUAUCUGUUAAUUUUUUUAAUUGAAAAAAAAAAAAAAAUCAAAUUAAUAAAUUAAAUUAAAUUUUCAGAUGUA